GCUCCUCUGUGGCCUCUGUACUGGGGCGCUGGGUCGUCUGGCGCGGACCCAGGAGUUCCAGGUGCCCGACGAGGUGCUGGAGCUCAUCUACGCGCAGACGGUGGUCUGGGUGGGGAGUUUUUUCUGCCCUUUGCUGCCCCUGCUUAACACGGUCAAGUUCCUGCUGCUUUUCUACCUGAAGAAGCUUACCCUUUUCUCCACCUGCUCUCCGGCUGCUCGCACCUUCCGGGCCUCCACGGCGAAUUUCUUUUUCCCCUUGGUUCUUUUCCUGGGUCUAGCCAUCUCCAGCGUUCCCCUGUUUUACAGCAUCUUCCUGAUCCUGCCUUCUAAGCUGUGUGGUCCAUUCCGGGAGCAGCUGUCCAUCUGGGCCCAGAUCCCUGAGUCUAUUUCCAGCCUCCCUGAGACCACCCAGAACUUCCUCUUCUUCCUGGGGACCCAGGCUUUUGCUGUGCCCCUUCUGCUGAUCUCCAGGACCAUGUUUCUUCGCCUGGCCGCCCUGGUGGUCCUGUUCUUCUCUCUCUGGAAAUAGAUCACUUGUGGGGACUACUCCGAGGCUAAGGACUGCAAAACCUGUGGCUACAAUUACAAAGAAGUUCUGUGCUGGGAGACUGUCCUGGGCCAGGAAAUGUACAAACUUCUGCUCUUUGAUCUGCUGACUGCCUUGGGAGUCGCGCUGCUCAUCCAGUUUCCUAGAAAGCUCCUCUGUGGCCUCUGUCCUGGGGCGCUGGGUAGUCUGGCGCGGACCUAGGAGUUCCAGGUGCCCGACGAGGUGCUGGGGCUCAUCUACGCGCAGACGGUGGUCUGGGUGGGGAGUUUUUUCUGCCCUUUGCUGCCCCUGCUUAACACGGUCAAGUUCCUGCUGCUUUUCUACCUGAAGAAGCUUACCUGUUUCUCCACCUGCUCUCCAGCUGCCCCCACCUUCCGGGCCUCCACGGCGAAUUUCUUUUUCCCCUUGGUUCUUCUCCUGGGUCUGGCCAUCUCCAGCGUUCCCCUGCUUUACAGCAUCUUCCUGAUCCCGCCUUCUAAGCUGUGUGGUCCAUUCCGGGAGCAGUCGUCCAUCUGGGCCCAGAUCCCUGAGUCUAUUUCCAGCCUCCCUGAGACCACCCAGAACUUCCUCUUCUUCCUGGGGACCCAGGCUUUUGCUGUGCCCCUUCUGCUGAUCUCCAGCAUCCUGAUGGCGUACACUGUGGCUCGGGCUAACUCCUACGGACGCCUCAUUUCUGAGCUCAAACGUCAGAGAGAGACGGAGGCGCAGAAUAAAGUCUUCCUGGCACGGCGCGCUGUGGCGCUGACCUCCACCAAACCGGCUCUUUGACCCCCGC